GAUGAGGAGGUUCGCCUACUGUAAGGUGGUUUUGGCCACCUCUCUGGUGUGGGUGAUGCUGGACAUGUUCAUUCUGCUCUACUUCAGCGAGUGCAACAAGUGUGACAACAAAAAGGAGACAGGACUGCCUGGGGGAAACGAUGCCCUGGUCAGGCCGCGGGAUGGGCCUGGUGAAGGGGGGAAGCCUGUGGUCAUCCCUAAGGAGAACCAGGAGAAGAUGAAGGAGAUGUUUAAGAUCAACCAGUUCAACCUCAUGGCCUCUGAGAUGAUUGCUCUCAAUCGGUCUCUGCCUGACGUCCGCCUGGAAGGGUGCAAGAACAAGUUAUACCCUGAUAAUCUUCCCCGUACCAGCGUGGUGAUUGUAUUUCACAAUGAGGCGUGGAGCACGCUGCUGCGAACCGUCCACUCGGUCAUCGACCGCUCUCCACACACACUGCUGGAGGAGAUUGUCCUGGUGGACGAUGCCAGUGAGAGAGAUUUCCUAAAGCGGCCGCUGGAGCAGUAUGUCAGAAGGCUCGAGGUCCCUGUCAGAGUGGUGAGGAUGGAGCAGCGGUCUGGACUUAUUCGUGCUCGUCUCAAGGGAGCAUCCAUCUCCACUGGCCAGGUCAUAACCUUUCUGGAUGCUCAUUGUGAAUGCACCACAGGGUGGCUAGAGCCUCUGCUCGGCCGCAUCAAGAAUGACAAGAGAACUGUGGUGUGCCCCAUCAUCGACGUAAUCAGUGACGAUACGUUUGAGUACAUGGCAGGAUCCGACAUGACAUACGGGGGGUUCAACUGGAAGCUCAACUUCCGCUGGUACCCUGUACCCCAGAGAGAGAUGGACCGCCGUAAAGGAGACCGCACCCUGCCUGUCAGGACUCCCACCAUGGCAGGCGGCUUAUUCUCCAUUGACAGAGAUUAUUUCCAGGAGAUCGGCACGUAUGACGCAGGCAUGGACAUCUGGGGUGGAGAGAACCUGGAAAUCUCUUUCAGAAUUUGGCAGUGCGGUGGGACUCUAGAAAUCGUUACAUGCUCUCACGUGGGUCACGUGUUCAGAAAGGCAACACCCUACACGUUUCCAGGAGGAACGGGACAGAUCAUCAACAAAAACAACCGGCGCUUGGCAGAAGUGUGGAUGGAUGAAUUUAAAAAUUUCUUCUAUAUCAUCUCACCUGGUGUGACCAAAGUGGAUUACGGUGACAUCACGUCUCGCUCGGCUCUGAGACAAAAGCUUCAAUGUAAACCCUUCAGUUGGUACUUGGAAAACGUCUACCCUGACUCCCAGAUCCCCAGGCACUAUUACUCCCUUGGAGAGAUCCGCAAUGUGGAGACCAACCAGUGCUUGGACAACAUGGCCCGCAAAGAGAAUGAGAAAGUUGGCAUUUUUAACUGCCACGGCAUGGGAGGCAACCAGGUUUUCUCCUACACGGCCAAUAAGGAGAUCAGGACAGACGACUUGUGCCUAGAUGUGUCCAAGCUAAAUGGACCCGUCAUGAUGCUCAAGUGCCAUCACCUCAAAGGCAACCAGCUCUGGGAGUAUGACCCUGUGAAGCUGACCCUGAUCCACGUCAACAGUAACCAGUGUCUGGACAAGGCCAGCGAGGAGGACAGCCAGGUGCCCAGCGUCAGAGACUGCACACACACACGCUCCCAACAGUGGCUACUCCGCAACGUCACACUACCAGAGGUCUUCUGACCACACUCCGCACACUCACAAACACACACACUCACACACACAGCGGCCCAGAGUAAGCAAUCGGGGGAACAGACUGUUUAUUAAAAAUUGGGCACCAGGAAAGGAAAGACUUCCCAUGAAGGGGAUGCGGGAAGAGAGGAGGUGGGAUUGGACGGUACUACCUCUGCCGGAGAUCAGAGGGAGGAGAGUGUUUGACCCUCCUCGUAGCGAGCAGAGAAGAAGGACUCUUUCCAGGAGAACAUGGCUGUUGCUUUAUGUUUGUUUUUUGUUUUUAAAGAGAUUUUAACCACACUGAGUGGCUUGCUCCUGGCCGUGAAUAUGAGACUGGCUGGCGGAGUCGUAGUUCUGCACUCACAGCUUCCCCGGACAAAGCAGUCCAUCCCUCAGCUCAUCACUUAACGUUUACUGACUGCCUCUUAUGAAAGAGUGUGUGCCCUUAUUUGUGUGUGAAUGUGAAUUCUGAGAUGAAUGUAUGCUUUGAGAAGGGGGCUGAAUUCCUUGUUGAUGUCUUUCUUUUUUUUAUUUAAUGUUGUAGUGGAUUUUGAAAAUUAACUCUGAACUCUUAUGAAGAAGCAUGCAUGGGCAAGUGAGUGAGAGUGUGGUGUGUGUGUGUGUGUGUGUGUGUGUGUGAGUGAGAGAGAGAGUGAGAGACUGUCAUGUGGAUGCUGUGUGUCAGAGCCCCUCCUACAGUCUUGCAGCAGUGUAUGUCUCCCUCUGGUGUCACUCCUCGGCAUUUCAUCCUACAGACUGAAGCCUCCUCACUGAGGGAUUUCCUAAGGGGCUGCACAUAAAAUAAACAAGAGGACCGACCACGAGGACUCAACGUCUGCCAUCGGCAGAGAUCUAGAGAUAGAGGAAUAUGUUUGUGAUAUCUUGAGAUUUCUAUGUCCAGUUUUUACAUGGUUUUGUCUGUUUCUACAGUCCUGUGAGAGUGCCACAGAGCAGUAACCCUAGUCUGUCUGUCCGUCUCUGUUGUCUUUAAAGGUGUUUAACAUAGUGCUAACACACUCACAGAGGACUCUGCAUAUGUAACUGAUGUUCACUGCCUAAUGUAGUGUUAAACCAUAGGGAAGUCUCCCAUACGGCACUACAUAGUCACACACACACACACAUCCUGUAUACAUAUAGGAAAAGGCUGCACUAGCCUGCUACUUUAAUCCAUUUUCUCAUAUCUUCUCAAUGACCUCUUAAAAAAAAUACACUCCAAGGGCUUCUUUCCUCCAGUGGAGUGUGUGGAUGAAAGCAUCGGCAUGUGUGUGUGUGUGCCUGUGAGAGAGAGAGAGAGCGUGUGUCUUCAGUACUAAUCCCAGUCCAUCAGCUCCCUGUUUACUAGAACAAACAGCUCUCAGAUUCCUUUGCUGUUGGACAACCAGAGCCCGUAGUGUAGACUGACAGCAGAUCAGCGCAUCCCCUGCGUCCGUUGUACAAAAGAGUAAAAGCUGCUUUUAUUUUCUAAACAGAGCCGAGUCUCUGCACUCGCCUGAGGACGCACCAACAGCAGGAAAAGGAAGCCUGGAGAGCAGUUGUUAGAAUAUCAAAGAGUCAUCGCUGAGGUGUGUUAGGAGACUUAAUCAGGGACAGAAUAAUAAUUGAAAGGAGCAGAAGGGAGUGAAUGGUUGAACUGUGGAUCACAAAGCGCAGCAGCAUACAUAUCUUAAUCCAUAAGUACAUAUCUCACUUUGCAAGCUUUGCAAGAUUCCACUAUUCGUAUCUCAGUGAACCAGACAGCUGAACAGUUACAUCAGUCUGUCAUUUUCAUUUCAACCAUCAUGCUUUCUUUUUUUUGGUUGGUUUGUUUUUUGUAUCACUCCUGCUUCUGCGAGUCAGGGCUGGAGAGGUGACUUCAUCAAGGUUUUAACCAUUUCGCCUUCCUCCAGUGGAGGAAGGGUUUACACAUAGGACACCGGGUUCAUCUUUGUUGUUGUUUCAUGUCUAAGCGAGUGUCUGUACUGUGAAGAUGUGAAAGUUUGAUUGUGAUCGUGAAACAGAGGGAGCAUAAUGAUUGUUCUGAUCUUGGGGGAGGGGAGGGGAUGGGGAGUUGGGGGGAUUUGAAGUUGAAGUGACAUGUCCAGGCUUCCACACUGAGCUGAUCCAAAUGUAGAAAAUAAAGGCAAAAACGUUUACAAGACAAUAUGAGGAAAAUGUUGAUUUCUGCCUCAUUUUGUCUGCACACACACGCACUUUCUCUUCCGUCAGAAAUGGUUCACAAACAUGAAGGUUAAGUUUGAUUUUAACUGAAUUCAUGAGGCGAGUAUCCAUAUUUCAGUGUUAAAAUAUUUAAUAUUAAAACGGCAUAAACGAAUAAGCUUGAGCUUGACAGUUGUUCUUGACCUUGGAAAACAGCAGCUGACCAAACAAUCUCCACUGAAAAGGUGCGCUGUGGAGUUUUCUUGUAAACAAACAAAAGUUCCUCUCACUAAAUUCAUUUUUUUUUAAACAGAUCUUUUAAAUAUUUUUGCGUCGUUUACGACGUCAUAUUCAUUGCUUUUGUUGUCACUUUAGAAGAACUCAGUUGUUAACAGAGGAAGCAUUGGGCUAGGUGGCAACCACAUAGGGUGUGAAAUGUGACCGCACCUGCAUGACACCCAUGGGUGUUAAAAGAUCAUAAUCUCUCUAGAAGACACGAGUCAGGGUAGUGGCAAGAGAAGUGUUGUGGGGAAAUGGGUUUCUUUUUAAUAAAUGUGACAGUGCAGUUUGAAGGUAAUAGAGUCGGGCAGCAGACUCACUACAUGUUUUGCGGAGAGUGGAUUAUUCAAACUCCUUCAUUUGAUCUGUUGAAUUAUUCAUUUGUCUGGAUUACACCCAGCGAGAGCCAUCAGGAAGACGUAUUAGACAAAAGUGUUUUGCAUACACAUCUUUAAUAAAAGAUGCUGAUUGUCUGCUUCUGUCUCCUUAAAGCAUCUCCUGUGUAGUAUAUGGAAAAUUAGGACGUUUUCAUGCAACUACAGCUCCUUCAUUGCAUGGCUCUCCCAAGUUGAGUUGCUCUCACGUCAUCAGUGGACAGAAAGGCCAAGAACUCGGAUGUCAAAAAGGUCACUCAGCGGGGCAGGUGUCCUCUGCUUCCUCCUGCUCCUCAGUGAAAAUCAGCCGGCCCUGUAGAUCCAAGAAGCGUCUUCUUCAAGGAGACACCUCACUCUCUGUCGACGAGUCUGCCUUGGAGGACCUUUUAGAGCUGCGAGAGCGCAGGCGACACCGCUCUGGUUUAUAUGCUGCAGACUUCAGAGGAACUAUGUGGAGUCUUUGAACUGAAGAAAUGGAUCAAAGCCGAAUGAGACUGUGGCCCCAGAGGGAAACGAAAAGACAGAAUAUUGAAGCGUGUUGAGACGAACAGAGUGAAUACAUAAAGUUGGGAGUGUGUCCAUCCAA